UGUGUUGUUCUGUAUCUGUGUAAUCACCAGGUUCGGAGCAAAGUCCAGUUGCUGGGUCAAACCCAAGAAGUACAGUUUGUCACACCAAACGCCCUACAAAACAAUAACCCUGUGUGGACAGACAACGGGACACCGGCAAGAAUGGAUACCACAUCUUCAUUUAUCAAGUCAGUAACCAAGCGGGUGUGGUCCCCACCACAGAGACCUUUCAGAGUGUGCUGUAACAACAGGGAGACCAGGAAGGGCAUCACAGCUGGGACCCUGGAGGAGCUGAAAGAAAGGGUAUGCCAGGCACUGCUGCUGUCCCUGUCUACCAUGUCUCUGUGUCUGGUUUGUGAGGACGACGGUACAGAGGUAGACUCUGAUGAGUUCCUCAUGACGCUGCCUGACAACACCAAGCUCAUGGCCCUGGAGCCUGGACAGACAUGGAGACCACAGCCAGGUGCGGUCGUGCCCAAAUCUCAAGACCACAGCAAGCCUCGGACCGGGAGAGACAUAGCUCGUGUCACCUUUGACCUUUACAAGAUGAGCCCAAAGGACGUGUUUGGAUCCCUGAGUGUGAAGGCCACAUUUCAAGGCCUGUACUCUGUGAGCGCUGACUUCCAGUGUCUGGGGCCCAAGAAAAUCCUCAGAGAAGCCCUGCGUGUGGCCUCCACUCUCCUUCAGGCCGCUGGACACCUCCUCAUCACUUCUGCUUCAAUGAUCCGUCGCAUUAUUGAAGGUGCCGAGUUCUGGCAGCCACAGAGGGCAGAGUACACAGCCAGCUGGAACUGACGGAGCCAAGAGAGGCCUAUUUAUAUGUAACUUAACUAGGUCGGAUAUCAUUGUUGAUUUAAUAGGGAGUGGUAAGUUUGUCUGAGAUGUCCUGAAUUUAUUCCUAUCAUUAAACAUCUCAUUGGCCACUGUGCUGUUUAAUCAUCUGAUGUUUACCCACUGGGAAAAGAAACCACUUUUUUGACAUGAACAUCUGUCAAGGUAAUAUGUGUAAAUGUUAUCAGUAUUAGUUUUGUACAGUGUGAUUGUAUGACUGUGCACUAUAUUCUACCCUUUAAGAAUAUAGCACACAAAAACACAAAUCCAUAACAAUUAAGUGUUAGAAACUGUAUUUAGUAACAACAGAAGCUAAGUAAUGUAGCUGGAAGAGGGUAUCGUAGCUAUAUUUGUGCAAUAUAUUCAACAUAAUAUCCUGGAAUUGUACUAUAUUUUUGUUCCUUUAAUGUAGAUUAUGGUUUGGCAGGUGAACCUCUGUUUCUAUCUGCUCAGAGAUUAUUGAUGAUAAUAAACCACUCUAAAAUUGUUUCCUUUGAAAAAUGAAAUAUUCAUGUAUAUAGGAAAAAAAGUCAUCAUUCAUUUUGUAGUUUAUGAAUGUUUUGAUGUAACUACUCGAGAUGAGUCAUGUUUGAACAAGUAAUAAAAGUGCUUUACUUGAAUGACAAUAAACACCUGCAAUGUAAAACUGAA